AUGUCUUCCGACUCUUCUUCCAAUUCCGAGGCCGCCAUUCUUCCCGAACACCGUAGGGAGGAAACUUCCACUGACAUCUCGAGCUCGGGAUCUACAGAGCAUUCUUCGAACGCUUCUUUGGUUCGGAAGAAUUCCCGGGUCGUCGAGGUCGGCUCUAAUAGCCGAGUUCUGAUUCGGGCUCCAGAACGGAUGGAUCAAAAUCUCCGUGAGCCCGAGGGCCAAGUCCCCACUGACUUGGUCCCGGGACGGGAGCCUGACGUGAAGACGGAUGAGGAUGCUCUACUGCGUGAGGUCGGUGAUGGAGGAACGCAGGAUCCGAACGACGACGACAUGAUGCCGAUCGUAGAUCGGCCAUGCGUAUGCGCUCCAGUGAAGUCCACCUUGUGGUCCCCGGAGACAGUUUGGGCUGCGAUGCUGAUCGGUGGAGCCCCUCCCAGAAUCAUAAUCCAGAUUCCCGAGCCGGAAGAACGCCCUUGGGAUGCUCCUGAGGACUUUAUUUGCGUCUACGAGGCGUAUUUCCGGGAGGCCGGAUUGACUUUCCCUCUACCGCGCCUGCUGUUCGCUUACUGUAAUCGGCGCGGCUGCGCGAUAUCGCAACUCCAGCCGGCGUCGAUAGUUAACUUCGUCGGGAUUCUCCAACUCGGGCGCGACAUCCGUGCUCAUAUCAAUGUGGCCCAGUUCGAGGAGCUUUUCAUCAUGAAGGUCUCGUCGGCCAAAAGCUGGUUUUUGUCGGUGAAUUGCAACCCGAAGUUCGACUUGGUUACGGGGAACAAGGCUAGCAAAUUUCCUAACUGGGACCAAAGUUACUUCUUUGUUCGCGUCGAUUCGUUAUCUGCUGAGAAUCCGGAGAGCACGUUCCGGACUGGCUGGAGUGUCGAUUUUGAUUGCCACAUUCCAGGAUUUAUUCAACGCUCCCUUACGUCCGACCUAGCGAAGCAGCUAAGUCUCGUCGGACAGCGCUCCAAAACUAAGACUGAACCCAGCUCGUCGAGGCCGGUACCGAAGAAAAAGAAAUCGAAGAAAGGCAGCAAGAAGAGUCGGAGGAUGGCAUUCGACAGGUCGGACAUCCCAAUGAUGGACUUCGGGGCUGAUGAGGAAGAAGACAACGCCCCGAUUGACGUCGCCGGCCUCGACGCAAACGAAGCCGAUGAUGGCAUCGAAGCCGGAGAUGGAAACGAGGUCGGCAACGUCCCGGUCGGCCCAGUUGAUCCUUUGAUCCCGGUUACAGACCCGGAGGUCAAAGCGGUGGGGACUGGCGUUCCUGAGGCGGUUUUUGAGCCUCAGAUGGAAGAAGGUGAGAUUGGUGAGCAGGACGAAGAUGAGCUCACCAUUGCCGACCGUGCCCGGAGGAAGAAAGGGAAGUCUUCGAGGAAAUUGUCUCGGAAGAGGGGUGGCGACCCCGAGACGGCUGUGAGUGAGGAGACGCUGGUCCUUCACGGUGGAGACAUCGGCGGUUCGCCUACCGCUUCUCAAAUUCCUCCGCCGGAUCCGGCGGUCGAGACCGGGAACCCGAGGUCAUCCAAGAGGCGCCGGACCUCUGACUCGUCAUCUUUCUUGAUCCGUCUCAGCUAUAAUAAGGAGAGGUCUUUUUUUGACGACGCAACUGCCUGCGCCGAGCUCUUCAGGCAGAUCUUCCCGGAUUCGUCUCCAAUGCCUGAGACUAAAGACCUCUUCCGCCCCAAAUCUUACGCUCGGGUCGCAAAAUCCGCCUCCGCUGAUUCUGAGGUCGAGAGGCUGAGGAAAGUCAACGCUGAGGUCGCUGCCGAGAGGGCGUCUUUGGAAGCGUCGUACCGGGACAAAAAGGAAAGGUACGAGGCUGCUAUGCUGGCCUUCACCGAAAAGGAGAAGGAGAACGCUGCCCUGAAGGAGAAGGUCGGGGCUCUGGAGAAGCGGACUGCCGAGCUGGAAGGGGAUAUGGACGCUCCGUCUAAGUCGUUCAAAACGAGCGAACUCGAGAGGCGGAGGUACCGAGACGCCGAGUCCAAGGGCAGAAAGAUGAUGGGAAGCUGGCCAAGAUGA